AUGAAGAUUUGGAUUGGGAUAUGCAUCAAUUAUCCAGUGCAGCUUGUCAGGAUUGCUAGGUUGUCCUGCCUCUCUGAUCUCUAUGUAGCUCUGGUUUAUUGCAGUACAUCAUCUACAGAAUGGAAUUGUAUAUGUUUGAGAGAGUGGAACUGGAUGUGUCCAGGUGGUAAGGCAAACAGGGUUGCCGCCCUUUCGGUUCAUGAGGCGGGUGCUGAGAGAGCUUGUUGCAUUGUUGGAAAUGGGGGAUUACGAUUCCCAGAGAUCUCAGUUUCUUAUGAUAACUGGAUUUGGCGCAAGGUUCUAAUGGAUAAUAACUGCAGUCCUUUUCCUCAAGGUCGAGAGCCGUCAAUGGAAGCAGGAGAUUGGAGGGGCAAAUGGCCCGCCGAUAUGCGGCAAAGUGUUAUCAAUAAGAUAAUAUCUACAUUGAAGACGGCUUGCCCCAUCUCUGGUCAAGAGGGAUUAGAAGAACUCGAGAGAAGUGCUGCAAGUUUGGAGGAAAAGUCUUAUGCUGCUGCCAAUAGCCAGUUGGACUAUCUACAGAAAAAUUCUCAGGAGAUGGUCACAGUGGUGACCAAGCCACAGAACACAAUAUCCAAUUCUCUAGAAUCCAAUGGCAAGGGACUUCUUGUUUCAGGGUCUUCAACAGCUCAACAGAACAAGAUGAAUGCAUCGGAGACGAUUGCAGAACUAUUAACCACAAUAAAGAACACACUGGAUCAGGUCCCUUUGCAGAUGCAGGAGACGGAUCAACAACUGCAACAGCUGGAGCUUAGACAGUUGCAGAUGCACCAAAUGCAACAGGUUCACCAAGUCAGACUUGUUGGUGCAAAUAAUGUGCUGCAGGCAAACAGUGUUCCUGCUCAACAACUGCAACAGCUGGAGCUUAGACAGUCACAGACGCACCAAAUGCCACAUGUUCACCAAGCCAGACUUGUUGCUGCAAAUAAUAUGCUGCAGGCAAACAGUGUUCGUGCUCAGCCAAAUUAUGUUAUUGUUGACAACCAGCAUCUGAAGCUAGAGUUGGAGAAAAACAUGUAUAAGAAUCAACUCCAGCAACCACAUCAACAGCUACAAAUGCAGCAGCAAUGGAUGCAGAAGCCGCCGCAGAUGCUCCAAGAAAAGGAAAACUGGACAAAUUCUUCAGCUGGACCACAUAUAAAUGGAGGUGAUUGGCAAGAGGAGGUGUAUCAAAAGAUCGUAGUCUUGAAGGAGAAGUACUAUCCUGAACUACAUGAAAUGUACCAGAAAAUUGCUAAUAAGCUUCAUCAGCUAGAGUCUCUUGACUCUCUUAUGUCAACCCCAAACCCAAACAGUGCGAAGCUGAAAAUGUUUAAGACCAUGUUGGAGCGCCUCAUGGCAGUCCUACAGCUUUCCAAAAGUAACAUUUCACCUGGUUUGAAGGAGAAAUUGAAUGUAUAUGAGAAGCAGAUAAUAAAUUUCAUUAAUACAAACAGACCCAGGAAGCCUGUUUCUUCUCUAAAUCUUCCUCCAUCUGAGAUUCACAAUGCACACAUGCUGCAACAAGCCAAGGUGGAGCCACAAGAUGGACAGCAGUGUCAACCUCAUCCAUCACAGCAAAAGUAUUUUUCAGAGAUCCAACCACAGAUUGGACAUAUGCAACAACACCAGCUGACCUUGCAACAACACCAGUUGAGCUUACAACAACAGUCAAACCCACUACAGCGAGAUAUGCAGCAUAGGCUUCAAGCAUCAGGUCAGGUAUCUGGAGCCAUACUUCAACCACCAAAUACAAUGGAGCUGCAAAACCAGUUAUAUCAAUCACAUAGAUCCCUUUCGGAGACCUCAUCAAGCUCUCUAGAUUACCCUGCCCAGACUGGACAUACAGAUUGGCAAGAAGAGGCCAAUCAAAAGGUGAUGUUUGGGAAUUGUUUGCUCAUUAAGUGGAAUUUAAUUAACAUCAAGCAUAUGAUAUUAGAUGAAAAAGAAAUUGAAGGCUCAGCUUGGGGUUUGAACCAUUCUGUGGCCGUAGGGUCUAUUUACAAGCUUAUUUGUUUCUCUAAUAGCAUGAGACUAGAUGAUGCCCGCGCGUUGCCGCGGUUUGCAAUGACAGACAUUGACCUACUGUAA